CACAAGUCCUUCUUAUAGUAAUAUAGAUCAAUUGUGGGUGAAAUUUACAGUGAGCUCAAGAGCCGAAAUACAUUAGGGUUUAAGGAUAAUUGAACUGUGCAAAAAAACCUACCCACCAAAAUCCCCUGAAAACUGAAAAACCCAUCCAAGAACUCAAGGAUGAAAUUGCAAUCUGCCUGCGUUUCCCUUCAAGGUUUUCCUCCGCCCACCCGCUAUUCACCUCCUCGGCUUCACACGGUCAGCAAUCGUUAUGGAAAUCAUACUGGCAUGGUAAGGCAGCUGCCCAGAUUCAAAACUGAGCUGAAAUCUCUUGCUCCAUUUUUAAGAAAUGGAGUUGCUUCACGUGUGGGUUCGCAUAAGAAACUUGGUUUUCGGGUUGAUGCGAGGAAAUGGCCGGAGCCAUUUAAGGGAAAACCGGGAUAUGUUUCCUUUGGUGGCCUGAGCCACCAGGCGAUUGAGGAAAGUAGAUUGGUGUCGGCACCUUUUAAGGAAGGGAAUGGUUCAUUUCUCUGGGUUUUGGCCCCUGCUGUCUUAAUCUCAUCCUUAGUUGUUCCUCAGUUUUUCAUGUUGACUGCUAUUGAGAAUGCUUUCAGGAAUGAGGUUUUUGCAGAAAUCCUCUCAAUUUUUUCAUGUGAGGCAAUGUUUUAUGCUGGAGUUGCUGCGUUUCUGUUCAUAACCGAGCGUGUCCAAAAACCAUAUCUUGAGUUCAGCCCAAGGAGAUGGAGUCUUAUCACGGGUCUUAGAGGAUAUUUGAUGUCCACCGUCUUCAUAAUGGGCCUCAAGGUUUUCGCCCCAAUACUCGCUGUUUAUGUCACCUGGCCCGUGCUCGGGCUCCCUGCACUUGUUUCAGUUGCUCCUUUCUUGACCAGCUGUUUAGCUCAAUUUUUAUUCGAGAAACAUCUCAAGAGGAACAGGUCAUCCUGUUGGCCCAUUUUGCCUAUUAUCUUUGAGGUCUAUAGGAUUUAUCAGUUGACGAGAGCUGUGAAUUUCAUCGAGAAGUUAAUAUAUGGGAUGAGGGAGGCUACAAUCACAAGUGCAGUUACGGACCGAAUUGCAGCCAUGAUAUCAAUGGUGGUGACUUUCCGUGUUUUAGGUGUCGUUUGUCUUUGGUCUUUGUUCACUUUUCUGAUGAGGCUCUUCCCAUCGAGACCUGUUUCGGAUAAUUAUUAAUGCGUAUGGUGAAUAAUAUCGUAACAUAGCUUUUUGUUGUCGGCAUGGCCAAUUGGUGAAGAAGGCGUAUUUUCUACAUGAAACAGCUGCAAUUUGUGGGCACGUUGUAUGGUUUUGUAGUAUGUGUAGUGGUUUAUGGAAUGUUGAACCUGUGUAGUUAGUUCAUGUGAUGCAGUAUAUAUUGUUUUUUUGGGGAGAUGAAUAUUAUUUUUUGAAUUUUGAUUAUUAAUUGGUUGUCAUUUUAGUAUA